GAGCCAUAAUUUUUGGUUUAUGACGGAACCGCACAAACGCACCUUCUAUCCGUGUAGACUGCCUCUUUUGACAAUCCUUCAUAUACAGAGUGUGUUUGACUUGGAAUCUUCCCUUUUUUACUCCACUCAAUUGACUUAGCAGGGUUUCAAGAGCAGCGUUCGUAAAUUUUCAGAAUGGAGAUCUCCUCUCACCAGUCCCACCUCCUGCAGCAACUGAAUGAGCAGCGCAGGCAAGAUGUCUUUUGUGAUUGUAGCAUUCUGGUUGAAGGGAAGGUCUUCAAAGCGCAUCGAAACGUAUUAUUUGCUAGCAGCGGCUACUUCAAAAUGCUCCUUUCUCAGAAUUCAAAGGAGACAAGUCAGCCAACCACAGCUACAUUUCAGGCCUUCUCCCCUGACACUUUUACAGUUAUCCUGGACUUCGUCUAUUCCGGCAAACUCUCUCUCACUGGUCAGAACGUCAUAGAAGUGAUGUCAGCCGCUAGCUUCCUUCAGAUGACUGAUGUCAUUAGUGUAUGUAAGACCUUUAUUAAAUCUUCACUAGACAUUAGUGAGAAAGAAAAAGAUCGCUAUUUCAGUCUCUCCGAUAAAGAUGCCAAUUCUAAUGGUAUAGAACGUUCCUCCUUUUAUAGCAGUGGCUGGCAAGAAGAAAGCAGUUCUCCGCAUUCUCAUCUAAGCUCAGAUCAAGGAACAGGUAUAAUAAGUGGAAAAUCUUGGAGUAAGUAUAAUUACCAUCCAGCCUCCCAACGGAAUACUCAACAGCCUUUGACCAAGCAUGAACAAAGGAAAGAUUCCAUUAAAAAGUCCAAACAUUUGAGGUUGUCACAGCCUUCUGAAGUUGCCCCUUACAAGUCAAGCAAACGAGAAGCACGAACAUCAGAUUCUUCCAGCCACAUUUCCCAAUCUGAAGAACAAGCACAAAUUGAUGCUGACAUGGACUCUACUCCUGCUGGCUAUCCGUAUGGUCCAGGAUCUGAUGUCACAUCCAGAAGCUUUCCAGAUGAUCUGCCCCGGAUGCGGUUCAAGUGCCCAUACUGCACACACGUGGUGAAGCGGAAGGCGGACCUGAAGCGUCACCUUCGCUGCCACACGGGAGAAAGGCCCUAUCCCUGUCAAGCCUGUGGGAAAAGAUUUAGCAGGCUGGACCACCUCAGUAGCCAUUUCCGAACAAUUCACCAGGCAUGCAAAUUAAUCUGCAGAAAAUGCAAACGCCACGUGACUGAUCUAACAGGGCAAGUGGUCCAGGAAGGAACCAGGCGCUACAGACUCUGUAAUGAGUGCCUCGCUGAAGUGGGCAUAGACAGCCUCCCCAUUGAUUUGGAAGCUGAACAGCAUCUUAUGUCCCCAUCAGAUGGAGAUAAGGAUUCCAGAUGGCACUUGAGUGAAGAUGAGAAUAGAUCAUACGUGGAGAUUGUAGAGGAUGGGUCUGCUGAUCUGGUCAUACAACAGGUUGAUGAUAGUGAAGAAGAAGAAGAGAAGGAGAUAAAGCCCAACAUUAGCAUCAAGCUCUCGCCACAAAACCGCCAUCAAGUUCGUCAAACUAGACAGUGUAUCUGUUCUACCAUUUUAGUAUCAUAAAAGAAGAACAUCUGUGACGUUUGUAAGUUGUAAAUAAUAACUCCAGUUAUCAUAUCAUAUGUAUCUAAGACCAGAGACCGAUUCUUUCCUAGAGUGAGACUGUCAAAUCAAUGGUUUCUGAGAAAACAAAGUUCUUUGGCUUUUAAAUGUGGGAAAAUGUUAUAUAGGGGUAUAAUCUGUUAAUAUAAGCUUUAUUUAUGCCAAGGAUUUUUUUUUUUUAAUAUUAGCAAAACAGUGGGAGUUGGUUAGAACAAAGUUUGCUCUUACAGUAAUGCUGUUGAUCAGCUUCUGAACGCCCUUCUAACUCUGGUCCUCAAGAGUGUGUGGUGAUGGGAAGAAGUUUUGCAAAAUAAAGCAACAUUGCAGUCAUGCCUAGUGGCUGGAGGAAGCAAAAUGGACUGGAUCAGUGGUUUAAGAGAUUUUUUUUUUUUUUUCACCCAAGAAGCCCUUUCUUCAAACCCUUUCAUAGAGAAUCUCACCAUUUAAGGGAGAAACUCUAAAAUCAGAGCUGCUCUUGUUAUAGCCUCCUACUAGCUUUCACCAGACACCUCUGCAGAACUCGGGAGGGCAGCACUGAAAACCUUGGAACAGGAGAGCUUUUUGAAUUCCCUUUGAGCAUUGGGGUCUCACUUCAUUACCUCUAUUACUCACUGUGCUUACAAGCUGGUAAUCAGAGGGUCUUCUAGAGCAGCAGAUCACAUCCUUAGUCUAUAGAAUGUUCCAUCUAUAGUUAUCAUGUCUCAAGACUUCUGAAAAACAUUUUUCAACAGUGUAUUUUUGAGUAAUAGAAUCAAAACAAACAUAGUAACUGCUCUUAUGCUAUGAAAUUACUGCUUAAUGGAUGAAGAAAGUUUGGUGUGUCAAUUACUUAAGAGCUCAGAACUGAAUUCAUUAUUUUGCAGUCAUGUUAAGAUACAUUGAAAUUUCCACUCAUAUUGGAUAUAUAUGUGUGUGUGUGUAUAUAUAUAUAUAUCCUAAAUUAAUUAAUACUGUGGAAAUUUAAUACUAUGGAAAAUCACUAAAAGCAAUAUAGUGUAAGAUGUAUUUAACUGGGAGGGGUGAUGAUAGGUACUGGAGGACCAAACUUUAGAUUAUAAAUGUUAUUUUAUAUUAGAGUGGAUCAGUAUUACUAUUUAUCAUUUAUAUAGCAUUUUAUAUUUGCAAAGUAUUUAAUAAUUUUUAUGUUAUUCUUUACAUAUCUAUGAAAUAGGACAGUUAUCUCACAUGAAAGGUAAAGAAAUUGAGGCACAGAACAGUAAAGCAACCUCCCUAAGGCAACCCCCUGAAACAAUGGCAAAAACAGGAAUUAGAAUGAUCAGAUUUUCUGAACCCUAGAAUAUCAGCUUAAUUCACUGAGGUGUGUUGUGUAUUACCCUAUUUUAUAAGAUGCCUUUAUACAAAUAAUAGUCAGUUGUCUUAAAGUUGACGUCAUUGUAUGUGGAUAAAUCCUAUACAGAAUAAAUAUUAUGUAAAGGAUGUGACUUUAGUUAUAAGAGUUUUAAUGGUAAAAUUCAGGUUAUCACAGAAACAGCACUAUUUAGCCAGUGGCUUUAUAUAUUGUGAAGUAUAAUUGAUGUUUUAUUUUGAUAUAGGAGUUUCUUAACUAUUCAUGCUAAUGGAGCCAUGAAUAGACCAGAAAAAUGAAAUCCACAGAGGACCUAUAAACUUCAUCUUCGAACAUGUUGGUCUUUUCCCUACAGAAUUUGUAUUCAAUGCCAACAAUAGGUCAAAUAUGUUAAUAAACAAUAAGCCAUACACCAGAGAAGCCAAGGGCCUCUUAACUUUUCAAGGCUUUUAUGUACUGAAAUAGCAUGAUAAACAACUUUCUCCAUCUUU